AUGGUUAGGAGGAACCAAGAUGCUGAUGAGGUAGUUCGAGAGGUUCAAAAUAACAACUUACUUGGCCAAAAUAACUUGACUAACAUGGUUGAAACGAUUUUGGCCCAAAAUGGCCUAAACACAGGGUGUCGAAGGCCAAAUUUUGUUUCUGCUUUUAAUGAAUACGUGUUACAAACAGAGUUGCCAAGGGGUUGGAAAGUCCCUAAGUACACUAAGUUUGCUGGGGAUACUAGUGAGUCCACUGUAGAACACAUUGCUAGGUACUUAGCUGAAUCCGGGAAUCUGGCAAAUAAUGAGAAUCUGCGAAUGAAGUAUUUUCCCAAUUCGCUUACCAAAAAUGCUUUUACUUGGUUCACAACCUUGCCUCCCAAUUCGAUUCAUAGCUGGGCCCAAUUGGAAAGAGUCUUCCAUGAACAAUUCUAUAUGGGCCAAACCAAGAUAAGUCUAAAAGAAUUAGCUAGUGUAAAGAGGAAAAACCAAGAGUCAAUUGAUGACUAUCUAAAUAGGUUUCGUUUACUGAAGUCCAGGUGUUUUACCCAAGUGCCUGAACAUGAGCUAGUAGAAAUGGCUGCUGGUGGCCUAGACUAUUCGAUUCGAAAGAAAUUGGAUACCCAAUACCUUCGAGACAUGUCGCAGUUAGCUGACAGAGUGAGACAGAUCGAAAUUGGUUUUAUUGAUUCUUAUGAUAAUGAAAUUGAUUAUGAAAUUGAUGAUGAAUACUUGGAAUUUGAGGAUAGUGAUAUUAAUGUGGCUGAAUUAAAGCAAGGCUGA